GGGGGACGCCAGCAGCACCCAGGGACCCAUGAAUCGGCCCCCUCACCCGCACCCCUCUCUCCCGCCACCGCCGUGGCCCAGCGAAACGCAGGCGCUGCCCCCAAAACCGGCCGCCCCAAGAAGCCCGUGGAGGAGCUGGCGGCAAGGGGACCCGACGUGGAUUCUCUGGGCUUCCGGGCCAUGGACCGCAACGUGCCGGGGCUGUCCCACGUCAUCCUCCAGAAGCUCAACAUGAAGAGCUACGAGGACUACAACUCCAGCCCCCCCCAGCUGGGUCCAGUAGCCCUGCAGCCCGGGUGGGAUGGGCAGCCCGGGCUCUGGGGCCACCGCUGCAACCCAAAACGCUUCUCCCUACCCCCCCCAGGAGACAUCCCCUUCCCCACGGAGACCUGGACAAAACCCGCCCGGGAUGUGGAGGGCUGGGAGGACUGGUUCUCCAUGCAGGAGCAGCUGGAGGAGAAGCUGGGUGCCAUCCUGGCCGGGCGGUACAUGACCCUCCUCUGGGCCAACGCCGGGAAGCCCCGGCCGGAGGACGGGGAGCUGCGCGAAUCAGUCCGGCGGCUGGUCACCGACUUCCACUCACGGCCGAUCACCAUCGGCUUUGGGGCGCCGCGUUUCCACGCCUGCCCGGACCUGCUGGCGGGCUGGCUGCCCACCCUGCUGCUGCUGCGGGACUACCGCCUGCCCGUCCUCUUCACCGUCUACAGCGAGCAGGAGCUGAAGUCCUCCCUGCAGAUCCUGGUGGAGCUCGAGACACACAUCAUGGGCUACGCCGCCAACCCCUUCGCCUCGCUCCGGCCUGAGCAGGUCUACUCCAGCCCCAACAAGGCGCCCGUCUACUGCAGCUCCUACUACAUCGCCCUGCUGGGGCCGGCAGGCGCG